AUGGCCUCCUUACUCCCUAAGACAGGGGUCCAGAUACCUGUCAUCGUCUUUCUUUUUAUUCUUACAAUGAUCAUAGCGAGCCAGAGACUUUCUACAUCAAUACCUCGAAUAAAGCAAUUUAAGGGAUGGACGGGACCCAAAGAGGGGCCGGUCCAGACGCCUAUAAUAUCCGCAGAAGAUGUCGUUAUCAUUUCCAAUUUUACGGCUGGAACGCCUAAGCCACCAGGGUCGACCUACACCAAAGCCCUCAUUGUCCCUCGACUAAAAAAGGAAAAAGUCGACUGGAUCGACAGCCUCGAGGAUAUCCAAAAGAAUAUUUAUGUCGUUGACGACCCACACUCACUUCCUCGCAUCCCCCAAAACAAAGGCCGGGAGGCCAUGGUCUACCUAACAUACCUUAUCGACAACUAUGACAACCUGCCAGAGGUUAUGAUAUUCAUGCACUCACAUCGAGAGGCCUGGCAUCACGAAGAACCUCUAAAUAGAGAUGCUGCGGAGAUGGUAAAACGCCUGAGCAUUGAACGAGUAAUCAGAGAUGGCUUCAUGAACCUACGUUGUAACUGGAGUCCUGGUUGUCCCGGCUGGAUACACCCUCAUACUACUGAGGAAAAUGCGGAAAAGCCCGAAGAAGCCAGUGUUCUCAAGGGCUGGACGGAUAUAUUUCCUUCCAUCCCGAUCCCAGGCGUUAUCGGCGGCCAGUGCUGCGCCGAGUUUGCCAUCUCUCGCGAAAGAGCCCUGGCUAUCCCUCGAUCUCAUCUUCUCUACUAUCGCGACUGGCUACUUCGCACUAAUCUGGUUGACUACUACUCUGGCCGAGUAUGGGAGUAUCUCUGGCACGUCAUCUUCACCGGACAAUACGUCUACUGCCCCGCCGAGCGGGUGUGUUUCUGCGAUGGCUAUGGCCUCUGUUUCGAUCAAGACCAGCCGUUCCUUGAGUUCAAGCAGCUGGGUGACGCCCUUUACGGCUUGAGACUGGAGUUGGAUUACUGGCGUGCGAAGGAGAAGGAAGUAACGCAGGCAAGAAAGGAACGGAAUUUCCCUGCGCUGGUCAAGAUGGAGGUUCCCGCGGUGAAUAAAAAGCAGCAGAUAGAGCAAGAGAUCCGGGAAAAGUCGUCCGCUUAUAGAAAACUGAGGGAUGCCGCUUUCGCUAGAGGACAGGAUCCUCGCGUCAGGGCUCGGAUUGCUGGUCGACCGUGGAAGGAAGGCGAUGGCUUUUGA